AUUUUGAAAUUUUCUCCAAAAUAUACUGCAAUCUUGUCAGAUAUCAUCCUCUGUUUCGCUUCCAUACGCAUAGCGUAACGUUACAAAGUCCGAACGAACUCACGAGCCCAAACAGCGCAUUUCACAGCUAUGCAAGCCCUCCUGUUGCCGGCAAUCCGGUCCGCCGGCGCACCGCCGUCACCAGCGGCGGCGCAUCCGCUACACUCCAACCUCCACCGCUCGCCUCGACCACCUCCGUCCUUCGUCCACUCCUCAAGACUCCUCCCUUCUCUCUCUUCCCUUAAAUCCCCUCAGUCUCUCUCUUCUUCAUCUACCCCUCCGUCCUUACCGCUUAUUACGCUCAAAAAGAGACCAACAGCUCUCGCUUCUUCACCCAUUUCUUCUGCUCCCACAAGUGACGAUCCCGAAAGGGCCAAACUCGCUCAGGUUUCGAAGAGGUUAGAGAGUACUUCAAGGUACAUCAAGAGGUUGGGUAGUUUUGGGUUUUGGGGACAGCUAGUCUGCACUGUUGUGGCUGCUGUGAUCCUCUCAUUUUCUGUUGUUGUUACGGGGAAGAUCACUUCACCUGCUACAUUUUACUCUACUGCUGGGGGAAUUGCGGCUGGCUUCAUUUCUGUGUUUUGGUCAUUUGGGUACAUCCGCCUGGCCGACAAGCUCCGGAAAACUUCUAACGACCCUUCAAAGGCUCCUCCUCGAGCUAAUGUUGUCAAAAGCUUGAAAAAUGGGAUAAUAUUGAAUCUUCUGGGAAUGGGUGCUGCUAUCCUCGGCAUGCAAGCCACUGUGGGAUCGUUAGUUGCGAAAGCUUUAACUUCUUCGGCAAAUCCUUAUUUUGCGGGUGGCUCACCUGGUUACAAUCCUGUGCUUGCGUUGGAUGUGUUCUUGGUCCAGGCAUCAGCCAACACAAUCCUUUCUCACUUCUUGGGGCUUGUUUGCUCGCUGGAGCUGUUACGGUCAGUGACAUUGCCGCCAUCAGAUAGCAUUCCAGUUCCGAGGAUGGCAUAAUCUGCCUCCGUUGGAUGGCAACCAAAGCCUAGAAUGGGAAUUUGAGGAGAAAACCAUGUUUUCCUAACUCUAGCUGUCAACAAAAGGGUGGUUUGCAUCUCCGUAUAAAAUUGUUGCAUUAGGCUGUGUUCUGACUGCUUGAGGCUGUAUUUUAUGUUUGCUUAAGCUC